CAGUUUAAAUCGUCCUAUUCGGUUAGAACGCGAGUGGCAGCAAGUCCGUGGUUGCGUAUCGACGGCACAAUCGUAAAAACCAAAUACUAAUUGUUUCUUAGUUUUCCAUGUCUAAUGAUAAACAUGGAAAAAGUAAUUGUGUUGUUAGCCUUCGUAGCGGUCGUGUGUGGUGUCCAAUAUGACGGACUUAGAGCAAAAUUCGGUUGGACGGAUGCCCUGGCUGAUAUGGAGUACUUUUUCAAAAUUCCUCGCACCAUCAGUGAUGUGGAAGCCGAAGGGUGGCUGCGGACUGAGCGGCCGAAGGGUCCACUACCAGAGCUGAGGAUGUACUGUCCUCCAGGAAGAGGGCUUUGUUCCCUCUAUGAUACUGCUGGCUUUGUCGCCGGAAUUAUGCUUGCUUUUCCAGCUGAUGGACUAGAGACUGCACUGCCUCCAGAGAAGAACCUCGUGAAAUGGUCAGCUCCGGCGGUGGAAGGCGAGCCGGCAGGAGAAUACUGGACUGCUACACAGUUCUUUGUGUCUGAAGAAUCUCUGAAGGCUGGUGCUGGUCCGCAAGUAGAGAAUGGAGCGACAUUGCAAGACGGUGGCGUAUGGGUUGUGGGACACGACUCACGUCUGAUGCGUAUACCUAGCACAGAAGCAGAGCUGAACAGCACCACCUUCAAAAAGCAAAAUUGUAUUCCUAAUAUGGGAACACAUUACUAUUACAAUAUGACCCGUGACCUUAAAUGCGACGAUUACUUCCCAUGGUUUGCGAUGACCACACAGGGUGAUAUGGUCGGCACUGGCUUCCAGAUGGUGGGCAAAAUGACCAAGCCCAAAAAGGCAAGGAAUUGGUUUGAUGAUUUACCGAACCCCAAACAAGGCAUGUCGAUAGGGCUACCUCAUGCUCCUGACUGCCUCCUCGAAAGCGUAGAGAAGUACGGAGUCAUCUCAAUACAUAUUUACUUCGUCGAUGAACCCUGGAAGAUUAAGUGCCAGGUUGGAGACUCGAUCAAGGCGGUACCAGCGUUAGACCGCAUUCUCCUCAACGGCUACAAAUACGCCAACAAAAUAUCUGAUGAAGUAGUAAAACUAUUCAGCGGUUAAACUAGUCCCAAUUGUCUCAAAAUAUAUUAAUUUAGUUUAUUAAGUUAAAGAGAAACUUAACUAAAAUCAUGGUUUACUCACGUAAAUAAAAAAAAACUACUAGUUUCGAGUCACAGAGGGACUCUUCAUCAUGAGCAGCGUGCGCAGACCCAGCGACGUCGCGCAGCCUCCAACGCUCCAUUCACUUACGUGAGCAAACCGUCAUUUUUAGUUAAUUUAGAAUGUGUCACGAUAGUUGUUAAAGAGGAUUUUUUUUUCUGAAAUGUAUUUAGGUAUUACUGCUAUUAACUUCCCAUCUACGGUUUUAUCUGAAGCCAGCAAAAGUAGGAUCUUUGUUCAAUGUUCCUGAUGUGUGGUUGAUAAUAUAUUAUGUAGGAUCGUUUCCCAUCUUUUUCUGUUAACUAUUAAUUUAUUAUAACAAGACCUCUCGCCAAAUCCAAGUUUUAGUUCUUUACCUCAUCUAGUUGAUAUAGGACUUAAAGUUAUUAACUUACUUUUCCAAUGUAUCAUCUACAUCCUCUGCCUCAAUCAGUUAAGAGUGUGCCACUCUAUUGAUAGAAUUUGACAUAAUCCCCACACACAAAAUAAGACUUAUUCUAAGAUGAACAUGUGUGUCCUAUUAUCUACAUAUGUGAUGUUGAAUAAAAAUGCAAUGCAAUUUGGUUGCCAUGACAUAGUUUAAUAAUAUAAUUUUAAUAAAUAAUUUACACAUA